AAAAACUGCAAGUUCACCAACGCUGAAAAUGAACGCAAUGUUGAGCGUGUCCGUAUGCUAGAGCAGCAACACUAUAAUAUGCUAUGGUGGAUUUUUUAUACGGCACUCAUAUGCUGCCACGUCUUGUCCACAAGCGAGGCCGGUGUGUUGAAUUUAGAGAUGAUAACGAGCGUGACUGCUAGGUAUUUCAAUCGAUUUACAGAAUGUUUUAUCCCAAAACUCCAUUUUAUGGCAAAGGAUUGCAGCUGGAAACUGAAAUUCUUAAAGUAAAUUCGGGAGAACUAAAAAAAAUUUUGCCAUGGCUUUGCAAGGCCCCGCGGACUACAACAUAUCGCAUCAACACACUACGCACCAGUGUCGCGGACUACAAAGUGAAAUUGGAAGCCAAGUUAAUCGCGCUUUAUGGUCCGAAAGCACCACGAGUUUAUGGAUUAAAGGACUUGCCUGAAAUGCUUUGCAUUUCACCUUUGGACACAACUGAAAAUAAAUAUGAUGACUGCCGUAAGGAGCUUAUUGUGGACACCAGUUGUGGCGCUGCAGUAUUGCGUGGUGCACACAUUUAUGCGCCGGGCGUGUUGGCCAUGGAAUCAGGUACCCAACUUCAAGAACUUGUUAAUGUGUUUGCUGAUUUGCCUGGCAAAUGCAAGCGAGGAACUGCAACGCGCUACGACUGCGACGAGAAAAUCUUCAUAGGUGUGGGCCAGGUGCUAAUGCAACGUCAUCAGCUAUACAACAAGGAACAGCCAGUUUCAGGCAUUGCCGUACGCAUGCUAACUAAUUUGACUGGAGUUCCCACAUUGGGGGAUCUUAGUGAUGCAGAUGCACUGCUCCAGAACUUGCCCUCGAUGGUAUGUGUAAGGGUGCUAGAUCCCCAACCCGGUGAACGCGUUCUAGAUAUGUGCGCAGCACCAGGCAACAAGACAACACAUAUAGCCGAACUAAUGGGCAAUAGAGGCACCAUAAUUGCAAUGGAUAACUCGGCGAGUCGUGUACGGUCCAUGACAGGCAAGCUGGUCAAUUAUAGCUGCAUUGAGGCACAUCUGUUUGACGCCACAAAGGCCUGGGAUGGCAGCACUGAUAGAGAUUCAACAGCUCCGCCUUUUGCAUCCUCUAGCUUUGAUCGCAUACUAUUGGAUGCACCCUGCAGUGGAUUGGGCAAUCGCCCGCAGCUCUGUUGCAACAUUAAGCAAUCCAAGGUCCUUCAAUCUUACCCACAUAUACAGCGCAAUCUGCUAUCCCAGGCUGUACCUUUGCUACGUCCUGGUGGCACCCUUGUCUACAGCACGUGCACCGUCACUGAGGCGGAAUGUGAGGAGAUCGUGUCCUGGGCUUUGCGUAAAUAUCCUCAACUGCAGCUUGUAGACGCAAUGCCGAAAUUGGGUUCACCUGGUCUACCAUUGCCCGACUUGGAUGCUGCACAGUGUGACCUACUACAACGCUUUGGACCAAGUCAUGACAAUCGUUUGCAAAACUUGGAUACAGUAGGCUUCUUUAUAGCCAAGCUUCAGAGGGCUUCAGCUUAAACUAGAUCUAUAUAUUAUUUAUAAUGUAAACUUAACUUAUUGUAAUAACUAUAAUAACGAUUGAAGCCAUUAAAUAUAAAAAUAUAUCAAAAUAUUGCUCGCAAUUC